AUGGGAAACCUCUGCUCUCGUGGCGAGUCCAUUCGAAAAAUGGAAAUUCAAAUCGGCGAACUACGGAACGACAUGGCGAGGCUAGCCGGGGAUAGAGAGGUGUCGGAGGUGGAGUCC